CUCUAUAAAAAAAAGGGUCUUGACUGUGAAAUUAAUUAUGCCUUCAAAUCGGAUCAUUUCACACUAAGUCAUUUCUAAAGAAACACAACAAGAACAAGAACAAGACCAACAAUUAAGAACAGGAAACCCUAAAUCUUGAUGGGGAGGGGGAAGAUUGUGAUCCAGAGAAUCGACAACUCUACUAGCAGACAAGUGACGUUUUCCAAGAGGAGAAGUGGGCUGUUGAAGAAGGCCAAAGAGCUCGCCAUUCUCUGCGAUGCACAAGUUGGAUUAAUGGUCUUUUCCAGCACUGGAAAGCUCUAUGAAUUCUCAAACACCAGCAUGAAAUCAGUUAUUGAACGUUACAUUAAAGUAAAGGAGGAACAACACCAGAUGCUUAAUCCUGGAUGUGAAAGCAAGUUUUGGCAACAGGAAGCAGCUUCUCUAAGGCAACAAUUACAGAAUUUGAGAGAAGAUCACCGGAAAAUGAUGGGAGAAGAACUCUAUGGGCUGACAAUCACUGAUCUACACAGUUUAGAAACUCAACUUGAAUUGAGUUUGCAAAGGAUGCGUGUUAAAAAGGAGCAGAUAUUAACCGACGAGAUCCAAGAGCUGAAUAGAAAGGGAAAUCUUAUCCAUCUCGAGAAUAUUGAGCUUUUUAAGAAGGUUUAUGGCUCAAGGGACUUCGGUACAACAAAUGGACAUGGAUUUCUUCCAUUCGAUUUCACAAUUAGUACAGAUCACAACCAACCAAUCCAGCUUCAACUACACCACCCUGUAACCCAGAAUAUCGAGACUCAAGCAAGAGCAAGGAAUGAAGAUAAAUAAGCAGAAGGAAUUGCAGUAGCUACUUGAAGUUUAAAGUGCAUUUGAAAAGUUCUUACGGUUUCAUGUCUUUGAACUGCUUUUGAAUAUAAAAAUUCAAGUGCAUUUAGUUUACAUACUCUUUCCCUAUCCUUAACAAAGACAAUCAACAAACAACCAACAACAGAGGUGAAGACUAUGGCACAAAGUAAU